AUGGAUUCCUCAUAGUUAUUUUAUUAAGGGGAAUAAUAAAUAACAAAAAAGUUGGUUUAUGGGACAUCAUUUUACGAGGAAGAAUCCAUGUAAAUAUUAUUUAAAGCAACUUUUAGAGGUGGUGGAUAGUAUGACGAAGAGAAUGGCAAUAAGAAUGGAAAAUGGAUUGAGAUAAUUGAGCCGUUAAAAAUUGUGUUAAAUAAACUUAUAAUGGUGAAUAUAAAAAGCAAGUGCGAUAUUAAUUACAAAGGAGAAAAUAUGUAAGGAAUUUAGAUUACCAAGUAUAUUGUAAGAUGUGGUGGAUCAUACGAUGAACGUUAAGGAGUUAAAACUGGAAAAUGGAUUGAUAAAAGUGAUCGAUUUUAAAGGGAAUCAAAUUACUUACAUUGGUGA